CUUACACACAAUACCCAGCAAUGUUCCGAAAUCUUCUUCGCCCUAUUUCCGGCGCUUCUGCCCACUGGCAGAACCGCCGGGGCCUAUCAUAUGUGUCGUCUCAUUCUGUUUUCCCAGCAACGCUGUAUCGAUUCCAAGUACGCCCCGAGUCACCACUUUUUGACAAGAAGUUCGAUCGGGACGAUUUGGAAUGGGAAGACGGUAUAGAAGUUGCCAACGAUGGAUUGGUCUAUCCCAAAAUAUCUAUGGAUGUUUCAAACGGGGCACUCUUUAUGCCAAAUACCCACUUGAUGCAGGAAUUCACACGAGGGUCAUAUGACAAUUACAUGGAAGCCGUAGACAAUGGCCAGCCUGCAGGCAGACCCGGCUACCUGUCCAUCUCGAAAGGAACGGCAAUCCCAAAAUCCUUAACCCUUUACCGAGAGCGAGAUUCGCGAUUUACCCUUCAGCCCUCGCAGCCUAUGACUUUGCAAGCUCUCAACGAGACUCUCACCGAUUUCUAUAGCAAGUUUUCCACGUCAACGCCUCCAGGAGAAUGGCUGGACAAGAAUCCCUACCACGAAGCCUUUUUUGAUAAUUCUGAGGAGUGGAUGGAUCUUUAAAUGAUUAGCUGUUGAUAUCCCACGUCUGUGUCUUGUCCUUCCAGCGACAGACACAGACCGGGUACGGUGGAAGUGAUCUAGAAGUGUACGACUACGGGUUUUUGUAAUGUUGUUACUUGUAUUCAUGAUGAGGUGGCAGAUUCCUAGUCAAACACCAUCGUCCUUGCGAUGCUCUCGAAUCCAGUUUUCUAAGGGAAAGGCACAUUCAGC